AUGAUUACGUCAUUGCUCAUUUUCAACUCUAAAGGCGAUGUUUUGAUGUCAAAGUUUUACAAGGAGGGUGUGAAGAAAAAUGUGGCGGAUGUAUUUCGGAUCCAAGUAAUCAAUUCUGCGGGGAAAAUCUCCGCCUCGACCGCCCAUGCAAGCAGGCUGCCGGUACUUACUUUAGGAUCUACGUCUUUUUUGUAUAUACGAUCGGGAUACUUAUGGCUUGUUGCUGUGGCGCGCUCCAACCAGGACUCUUCUCUUAUUUUUGAGUUCUUGCAUCAUCUCCUACAUCUCUUGGAUCAACUCUUCGCUCGGGGGGCGGACCAGCUUAGUGAGGACGACAUCAAGGGCAACUUCUCGAUGAUCUUCGAUAUCUUGGGCGAGAUUGUUGAGUUUGGAUAUCCUACAAACAUGGACUACGCAUACUUGGCGUCUGUGGUGCCUGGUUUUUCUUCUCUCAAGGUUUCGCAUAAAGAUGGCGAGUUCUCCAGCCUGAAAAAGUCUCUCUUGGAGAAGUCAGACCAGCUCAACUCGAUCGAUCUGGUUUAUGAUCCUUCAAAAGUUUCUUGGAGAGAACAGGGGAUAAAGUAUCGUAAGAAUGAGAUAUUCUUGAAUGUCGACGAGAAGAUCUCCCUUCUAUUGGAUUCCAGGGGCAACCACCUAAGAUCACACAUUGACGGCACCAUCACAUUAAAAUCGCAUCUCUCUGGAACACCUGUGUGUCGUUUCGGCCUCUCGGAUGACUAUCUCCGAGAUGUCACGCAAUCCAUAUCCGUAGAUGAUUUCAACUUUCACAAAUGUGUCGAUCUAGCAAAGUACACUACUGAAGGAGUGAUACGGUUCGUCCCCCCUGAUGGGACUUUUCAGCUCAUGUCGUACCGCAUCAACGACACUUUUCCUUUGCCUUUUGACAUCAAUCCCGAGAUCGUGGAGGAUGGUGGAGGCAUAUAUCUCAAGAUCAGGAUGCUGUCCAAUUUUCCUUCCAAAGCAGCUGCUACGGGAGUAGUACUAAAGAUUGUCAUACCUCAAGGCAUCAUGAAAAGAACAAUAUCUUGCUCUAACGGCAAGUCUAAAUACGACGCGCAGGAAAACGCAAUCUUAUGGAAAUUCUCAAAGUUUUACGGUGAGCUGGAACAACUUAUAUCUGUUGAUUUCGAGGUUCCAGAUACUACUACGGCUUGGUUCAAGCCUAAGAUUACUUUGGACUUCAAUAUGGAUAUGUACAGUGCUUCUGGCCUACAAGUACAAUUCUUGAAAGUCGUGGAGAAGAACAAUUAUCGUACGGUGAAAUGGGUGAAAUAUCGUACACAAGCCGGAUCCUACGAAAUUAGGUUGUAA